AUGCCGCCGGCGUCACGGAUGGAACCAACGUCGACUGGUGCGGGUUGGGAAGCAAAUGCUGCUAAAAAGACUACUAGGUGGUUGCUGGGAUUUCUGAACUUCUGGCAUAAAGGAGAGGUGCGAACCACAAGGGUGAGAGUCUUGCCAUGGCAUGUCUUUCUUGGCCACUACACAUAUGCUUUGGCAGUGGUAACAGCUGAGACAGGGCUUCUGGAAAAAUUGACAUUCUUGCAAACCAGAGGAGAUGUAUUGAGACGUUGCACCGAGUCAAUGGUUGUGAACGGUUUAGGACUUGGAUUGGCCCUUCUGAGUGGUAUUGUAAUAUUAGCAGCAGUUUUACCAAAGCAUGAAGCUCCACACUUUAAGAUGAUGUACACAAACAACAAAUGCUUGUCUUCUCAGUAA